CUUGUUUACUAUCAGUUGUAGAAUCGCGUUGAACGUCAGCUGAUUCACUCACUUUCUUUGGGAGUACAGUUACAUUAACUCAACACCAUGCCUAGGAAUGAGAAAAUUGGAAUCAUUGGCAGUGGGCUCAUUGGGAGGAGCUGGGCCAUGCUCUUUGCAAGUGUCGACUAUGAGGUGUGCAUCUAUGAUCUCAAACCAGAGCAGGUGACAGUAGCAUUAGAUGAUAUUCUUCUACAGUUAAAAAGUCUGGAGAAGUCUGGGAUGUUGCGAGGAACUGCAUCUGCCGAGGAGCAACACAAGUGUAUAAGGGGUGUAUCCAGCCUUGAAGAGUGCGUCAAGGGAGCCAAACAUGUUCAAGAAUGUGUCUUUGAGAGUCUUGAGUUGAAGAAAAAGGUAUUCCAUCAACUUGAUGAGUUAGCAGGUCCAAACACAGUGCUCUCGUCAUCCACCUCUUGCAUUGUCCCUUCUAAGUUCACAGAAGAUUUGGCUCACAGGGAAAACUGCAUUGUUGCUCAUCCAGUGAAUCCCCCUUACUAUGUGCCCAUGGUUGAAGUUGUUCCUGCUCCCUGGACAUCAAAGGAGGUGGUUACUCGAACGACUGCCUUAAUGAAAGAGAUUGGACAGUCACCCGUCACUUUUACCAGGGAGCUGCCAGGAUUUGGACUCAAUCGAAUCCAAUAUGCCAUCUUGAAUGAAUGUAACAACCUUGUACAAAGUGGUGUGUUGAGUGCAGAAGAUGUGGAUAUCAUCAUAAAAGAUGGACUUGGAUACCGCUAUGCAUGGAUGGGGGCUUUGGAAACUGCUCAUCUUAAUGCCCAAGGCAUGGACGAAUACCUCAGGAAGUACGGGCCGACCAUGGUGAGUGUGUCCAACUCAUUCCUGGGCAUCCCCGCCUGGACUCCUGAGGCCUCGGGUAGUCUCAUUGAUCAGAUGAACCAGAUGGUGCCCGAAGAUCAGCUGGAGAAACGGCGGCAGUGGAGAGAUACUCGCCUCGCCGCUCUCGCAAAACUGAAGAAGGACAUGAAAGAGUUGGAGAAAUCGGAGAAAUAAUUGUACCAUUCGAUUUUCCCGCCAAGACUACUCCUCGGCUUUUUUUGUUUACUUUCGGGGAGAUUCCUUGUCAAACAGAUAAAGGAAUGGAAUAUCUACUUACAUUGUUUAAUAAAUAGACUUUUUGUAUUGAAAAUUUCUUGAUGCACGUUAUCAGGGUAUUGGUUCAUGUCACACUCACAAGAUUUUUUCAUGGCAUGCGAAGUCGAACGAAAUAUGAAUUAAUAAAAAUGAAACUUAAACGUUUUUAAUUUGUUAUGACAUAUUUUUACUUAUAUAAAUGAGUUUCUUGUAGCUAAAGGCAUUGGGUGUAUUAGAAGUUAUCUGUGUAUGGCCAUUAUAUGUUCUUUGAGGAGAUAAAUACCACUUGUUGUUCUUAAUUGUUAUUUUGUUAUUUGAAUCAGGAUAGAAGUUUAUAAAAAUAAUGAUGAAAAUUCUCUGAGAUAUGUUUAGAAAUUUGUGAAACUUCUUACAUUUGUAAUCACACUACUAUUUUCUGAACUGAAUGUAUAUGUUUUGGGAAUCAUUAUAAAUAAAUGUCGAGCGAGA